CGGCGUGACCUUUUGUUGUUUUAUUUUUUUUAAGUACAGCUUGCAAAGAUAUAGUGGGACAGUGACAAUGACAUCGAUAUAUGGUUCAACUGGAGGAAGCAUAACAAUAAAUGUAAGGCGAUCGGAAUCUCGAGAUGCUCAUCAGAUACUAAAGCUGUUUACCCCAAGCACAAAUGACAUGUUUGGAAGAAUUAAUGUUCUCUAUCUGCUGGAAAGAGCAAACCUUGCUGUUACUGUAGAAAAUGAGAAGAAUGAAGUUAUAGCUCACGCGGCCUUCUUAGAUUACCCAAAUGUAGAGACUGUUGGACAAAACAACUGGGAACCCUGGCUGCAUAUGUAUGGCAAUAGCUCAAAAUUCACACCAUUGAACACACUUUUUAUGCAUUUGUUUGUGGCUAAACCGGACUUUGCAGCUGGUUGUGCUAGAGAGAUUAUCAGGACUGUCUUUAAUGCUGUUAGAGAACUACACUUCAUAAUUCUUUCUGUUGAAAAGAAUGUCAGCCUGGAUCCUGCAAUAUCACUUCUGUUUGCACCCUUGCCACAAUUUAGGAAGACAGAUAGUCUGCACUAUACAGUCACUGUGUGUUACAGAAAGGACUAUGUUUCAGUAUUACACAUUCGAAAAGCCAGGAUAGAGGAUCAUGAUGAUAUCACUCCUAUCUUCAAUGAAAUGACUGACACACUGAGAACCAUUUAUGGUGAAUACUUCCUUGCAGAAUUAAUAGAAGCUCAAGAUGAAAAGAAUCAUGCUGCUGUCUGUGAGGUAAACAACACUGCCGUUGGUUUUAUAAGUGUGUGCAGCGAAGUAAAUGUUGAAUUACUGAACAACUGUUUUGAUUUGCGUCCAUUUCAUGGUCUUCGUAAAAAUCCUCUUAAGGAAGUGAAUGCACCACUUCCAAGAACAGCAGAGCCACCAGUAAACGAAAUAACUUCACCUUCGCAUUCUGAAGGUAAUACAGAUGGAAAGAAUGAAAUGACCAGCCAGGAUGAAACUGCCCAAGUACCAGAGAGUAACAUUGGAAACCAAGUAACUGAAGGAGCAGAAAACAGCCAAAUUGUUGCCCACGGUUCAAUAGAUGUAGCAAAUGUUUUUUGCAUACAGUUGUUCUGCAUGGAUGAGAAAUAUGAAACAAGGUCUCAGGACUUUUUGCCCUAUUUAUUUAAUCUCUACCCAGACAGAGACUUUUGCGUUAUCACUGUACCUCAUGUGGUCCCUGAAUUUCCCCUGCUGAAGGAUUUUGUUCGUGUUGUGCCCUACAGUGAGACCACAGUACCCCAUGAGCUGUACGUUAUUCAUCGUAAAGGUUUGCUAAAAUCCUUUGUGGUACGACUUGCAACAUGUGAUGACACCAAAGCGAUUAAACUUCUUGUCCAAAGUCUUGAACUGCAACACAGUAUUUUAGCUGAUUUAACUACAUAUAAUCAGAGCCGCAGAGACGAUGAUGGAACUCCAAUUCAGGUAAUUGUGGCUGAUGUUUUAUCGGAAAUUGUGGGGGUUGCCGUCAUCAGGAAUGAAGAGGAUAUUGAAUAUAUCCGUUCACAUUAUAACAUUGAAAAUUUCAUCUACUUUAAUCAUCACCAACGUGAAGAACAUGGACAUCUCUAUCACUUUGCUUUAAACCCAAUUUUCUACCACUAUACCCAACAUUUUCUCAAAGAGAUACUCCGGAUUACUUUAAAGUCAUGUCUUUACUAUCCUGUUUAUCCAAAAUCUUUACCUAAUAAGAGUCCACAUGCGCAUUCUCUGACAUCUGCUCUUCACUUUCUUGUUCCUGUGCGCCGGAGACGACAGAUUAUCUAUCCAUUAGAACAACUUGGCAUUAAUGCCCCAUCAAAACAAAUCAGAGUGGAUAAGCCAAAAUAUGCACUAAAUCAUAUUAACCGAAAGUUGACACUAGAGCCAAAAGUAACCAUCAAUUCACGAAUAGUGGUGGUUGGUGCAUCUGAAGUUGGGAUCUCCUUCUUGGAAACAUUGGUCUUCUGCCCACACCUUCGCUUCAAUAACAUUACAUUGAUUUCAACAUGUGCAGUUCCUGUGUCCCACACACAUCCCUCUUGCAGAAGAUUCCAAACCAGAAGUCACAGCUAUGAACAUGAUGAUUAUGCUCUGAUGUCAUUGCAUUCUUGGGUUAAUAUGGUGGUUGGUAAGAUGAUUGGUAUUGACAGAGCUGCUAAACAUGUAAUUGUAACUGGAGGCAGAAAAGUACCAUAUGAACAUCUAAUCCUUUGCACAGGACAGCAGUUUCAGGUUCCAUGUCCCACAGGAGCUGAUAAAAAAUUGACUAACAAGGACGUGAUUGUGGACCCUGACAAGCAAUUCACAGAUAAAGUGCUCUCCAACCUUUUCAUUCUGAAUAAUCAUAGCGAUUGUGAAAAUGCACUGCAUUGGCUCAAAUCUCAUUCAGCAAAUGCUAAAGGAAAUAUCUUAGUAUAUGGGAAUACAAUUGAGGCUUACAUCACAGUGAAUACAAUCCUGUCUUUUGGAAUUGAUGGCUCUCUCAUUCAUCUGUUGAAACCACCUACAAGUUCUAACACCAGUUGUUUCGACAAUCCUGUAAUAGAAACUGCAGUAGAGAAAGCACUUGAGAAGGCUAAUGUUUCUGUGUACUCUAACUGUCUCCUCGCCAAGUGGAACAAUGGGAAGGUCCAUGGUCAUAUAACCGUUUCAUCUUUCACCACUGAUUCUGAACCACUGAUACUUAGAUGUGUGGCUUUCUUUAACUUUGACAAGAAGAAAGUGGAUUAUGAUGCCUUCAGGGCCAUAAAUAAAGCUUGCCUGGUCUUUGAUGGAAAACUAGUAAUUGACUCUACUUUUCAUACCAAUGACAUAACAAUUAGAGCUGCAGGACCACUUACCAAAUACUCUCGUCGUUAUCAUGCUGACCAGUGGUAUCAUGAAAAUUUUAAUUCAAAGGAAAUUGGAUUUCAGCUAGCUGCACUCAUGCUGCAUCUCUUUGAUCCAACUCUGGAACAAAUGACUCAGCCACCGGCAGAGCUAGAUCUCCUUGUUCCCACUUACACUGGAUGCAAAGUCAGAGAAUGUAAUCUGCCAGGAGAAUACCAUUACCUGCAUAUUUCUAAACCAGGAUUAAUGCGUUGUCAGGAUAGGCAGAAGGAAAAACCGGAGUAUGGAAGAGAACUAGUCACAGGAAGUCCAAGUACUGGGAACUACUUCCAAAUCCAUUUGAACCAAUACAACAUAGUAGACUCCAUCACUUGUCUAUCACUGAAACCUUUACCAGUCUCAAACUAUAUCUGUUUGUAUGGACAACAUGAACGUCUUCUUAAUAGUUUGUGUUCUCGCUUCGACGAGGGACUAAUUUCAGAUUUGUACAGAUAUUUUAAGGAGCCAUGGGCCCUUUGUAUCUAUCAUGAUCGUUUCAUGGAUUUCAAGCAAGAAGUGCGACAGUUAGUGGAAUCUGAAAAGUUAAAUGUUGCCCAGCCAAUCGACGAGCUAAUUCGCCUGAUAGCAGACGGUGAGUUGUUGGUACCGGGGAAUACAAAGGCAUUUUUGGAAAAGCAAUUUGAACAGGACGGUUAUCAGAAGCUGAUCGAAAGGAGCCUCCUAAAUUACCUGCGCUACAACAGUUACCACCUCCCUAUGUUUGCGUUGCCUGGUAUUGUUUAGACGUCAGCCAAUAGCCGGUGUCUUUUUGUACCCUAGUUUCUUUGCUUCAACGCUUGCUGUAAUAGAAAAAGAAUGGAUAAUUAAUUGAUUUAACUUGCGUUCGCGCAGGAACGUUGUGCAAAAAUUGUCCGGGAGAUGGCGCGCUGUAAUAGCUCGGUCGUGAAGUAAAUUGCCUUCUACAUUUAUU